AUGCCGGUGAUAGAUCCCGCAAUUGCACGCGCUCUACGCCUCGAUGCAAGUACCACCCACAUUUCCGCCCACGGCGGCUCUGGCUUUGCCUCCACAUUUCGCAUCACCACGCCGAGCACCUCCAUCUUCGUCAAGCAGUCCCGCUCACCAGGCGCGGAUGUAAUGUUUCAGGGAGAGCACGCCUCUCUCAACGCCAUUCAUGAUGGCGUGCCCAGCUUGUGUCCAAAGUCCUUCGCGUGGGGACAAUUGGAGAAGGGCGGCGGAUACUUCCUUGCUACAGAAUUUCUGGAUCUGGGUGGACGAUUCUCGUCGCGCACAAGGAGCGGAAAUAGCGAAGGCAGCGGGAUGUCUCUCGCCCAAAAACUAGCAAAGCUACACACGACUUCUGCUCCCGUUCCAGAAGGCUACGAUUCGCCUCAGUUUGGAUUUCCGGUCACGACGUGCUGCGGGGAUACCCCUCAGGACAAUACGCUCACCUCGUCGUGGGCCGAGUUCUUUGGCAAACGACGGCUCCUCGCGAUCCUCGAGAGGGCAGAGGAGAAUAAUGGGAAAGAUCCGGAGUUGCGACGGGUCGUGGAGAGAACUGUCCGCGAGGUAGUGCCGAAACUGCUUGGUAGCAACCAUCUGGGUGGCAAGGAUGGGAUCAAACCAGUCGUUGUACACGGUGAUCUGUGGUCAGGAAAUAAAUCCAAAGGUAGCUUCGUUGGCCGCGACGACGCCACACCAGACAUGGCCGGCCGGAUAGAGGAUGUGGUUUUCGACCCCUCAUCCUGUUACGCACACAACGAGUAUGAUUUUGGUAUAAUGCAAAUGUUCGGCGGGUUCUCGUCGUUCUGGCAAGAAUACCAUGAGCUGGUGCCGAAGACGCAACCGGCAAGUGAAUAUGAGGACAGGGUUUCGUUAUAUGAAAGCUACCAUCACUUAAACCAUUAUGCAAUUUUCGGUGGUAGCUACAAGUCUGGCGCUCUUGGAAUCUUGAAAAAGCUGGUGAGAAAGCACGGCGAGCACUAG